UCGGUUUUUUUCAGCCCUCUUCUGUUCUCCGGCUUCCUGGGAAGUGAAUUGCUGAUGCACCUCGGACUUAAUUCAUUAGUGAUGCAACCGGAUUCGUUUCAGGAUUAUGUUGCACGAGUUGAAUUUUGAAUGAAGGAGAAGAGUUUUUUUUUUUUUGUUUUUUUUUUAAAGAAGUGAUUCUGCCUCGAUGUACUUUGAACGAUUGCUUUAUUUAAAUGUACGACUUCAUGGUGUUAUUCUUUAACAGUUCUUGAAUGUCCAUUUUGACGGUAACUUUCCCUUAAAAUAUAUGUCUGUGCGCGACACCGAAGACGCUUCAGUUCAGCGAGAUUACCGGUGGGUUGGAUGUUUAAUUCAACACGGGCAUUGCAUGACUGUGGGCUGAAUAACAAGUGGUUUGUUUUUAAAACCGCACCUUUUACAAUCUCGGUUCAGAUAACCAGAGUAAAAACCGUAGUCCCAAUUUAAAGGAUCACCAGCCGCAAUUGAAGCAAACAUGUCUGGAGAAGUGCGUCUGAGGCAGUUGGAACAGUUUAUUUUGGAUGGGCCAGCCCAGACCAAUGGGCAGUGCUUCAGCGUGGAGACCUUGUUGGAUAUACUGAUCUGCCUGUAUGAUGAAUGCAAUAAUUCUCCAUUGAGAAGAGAGAAGAACAUCCUUGAAUACCUAGAAUGGGCAAAACCAUUUACUUCUAAAGUGAAACAAAUGCGAUUACAUAGAGAAGACUUUGAAAUACUAAAGGUGAUUGGUCGAGGAGCUUUUGGAGAGGUUGCUGUAGUGAAACUUAAAAAUGCAGAUAAAGUAUUUGCCAUGAAAAUAUUGAAUAAAUGGGAAAUGCUGAAAAGAGCCGAGACAGCAUGUUUUCGUGAAGAAAGGGAUGUGUUAGUGAAUGGAGACAGCAAGUGGAUUACAACUUUGCACUAUGCAUUCCAGGACGACAAUAACUUGUACCUGGUCAUGGAUUAUUAUGUUGGUGGAGAUUUGCUUACUCUGCUCAGCAAGUUUGAAGAUCGACUGCCUGAAGACAUGGCGCGAUUCUACUUGGCUGAGAUGGUGAUAGCGAUCGACUCCGUGCACCAGCUGCAUUACGUCCACAGGGACAUCAAACCUGACAAUAUAUUGAUGGACAUGAAUGGACAUAUUCGUUUAGCAGAUUUUGGCUCCUGUCUGAAAUUAAUGGAAGAUGGCACGGUCCAGUCCUCAGUAGCUGUCGGAACUCCAGAUUAUAUUUCUCCUGAAAUCUUGCAAGCCAUGGAAGAUGGAAAAGGAAGAUAUGGACCUGAAUGUGACUGGUGGUCUCUGGGAGUCUGUAUGUAUGAAAUGCUUUAUGGAGAAACACCAUUUUAUGCAGAAUCUCUUGUGGAGACUUACGGAAAAAUCAUGAAUCACAAAGAGAGGUUUCAGUUUCCCCCUCAAGUGACUGAUGUGUCUGAAAAUGCAAAGGAUCUUAUUCGAAGACUUAUCUGUAGCAGAGAACACCGACUUGGCCAAAAUGGAAUAGAAGACUUUAAGAAGCAUCCAUUUUUUUGUGGAAUUGAUUGGGAUAAUAUUCGAAACUGUGAAGCUCCUUAUAUUCCAGAAGUUAGUAGCCCAACAGAUACAUCGAAUUUUGAUGUGGAUGAUGAUUGUUUAAAGAAUUCCGAAACGAUGCCCCCACCCACACAUGCUGCUUUUUCUGGCCACCAUCUGCCAUUCGUCGGGUUUACAUAUACCAGUAGUUGUGUCCUCUCUGAUCGGAGCUGUUUAAGAGUUACAGCUGGUCCCACUUCCGUGGAUCUUGAUGUGAAUGUCCAGAGGACCCUAGAUAACAACUUAGCAACUGAAGCUUAUGAAAGAAGAAUUAAGCGACUUGAACAGGAGAAACAUGAACUUAGUAGAAAGCUUCAAGAAUCAACACAGACUGUCCAAGCUCUGCAGCAUUCAACUGUCGAUGGCCCACUGACAGCAAGCAAAGAUUUAGAAAUAAAGGGCUUAAAGGAAGAAAUUGAGAAACUAAGGAAGCAAGUAAGAGAAUCAAGUCUCUUGGAACAGCAACUUGAAGAAGCUAAUUCUGUGAGGCGAGAACUAGAUGAUGCUUUUAGACAAAUCAAGGCUUAUGAAAAGCAAAUCAAAACAUUACAACAAGAAAGGGAAGAUCUAAAUAAGGAACUAGUCCAGGCUAGUGAGCGCUUAAAAAACCAAGCCAAAGAGCUGAAAGAUGCACAUUGUCAGAGGAAGCUGGCCAUGCAGGAGUUCAUGGAGAUCAAUGAGCGACUGACAGAAUUGCACACCCAAAAGCAGAAACUUGCUCGCCAUGUCCGAGAUAAGGAAGAAGAGGUGGACCUGGUGAUGCAAAAAGUUGAAAGCUUAAGGCAAGAACUGCGCAGAACAGAAAGAGCCAAAAAAGAGCUGGAAGUUCAUACAGAAGCUGUAGCCGCCGAAGCAUCUAAAGACAGAAAAUUGCGUGAGCAGAGUGAGCAUUAUUCUAAGCAACUGGAAAAUGAACUGGAGGGGUUGAAGCAAAAACAAAUUAGUUACUCACCAGGAAUAUGCAGCAUAGAACAUCAGCAGGAGAUAACCAAACUGAAAACUGAUUUGGAAAAGAAAAGCAUCUUUUAUGAAGAAGAAUUAUCUAAAAGAGAAGGCAUCCAUGCAAAUGAAAUUAAAAAUCUGAAGAAAGAACUGCAUGAUUCAGAAGGCCAGCAACUUGCUCUCAAUAAAGAGAUCAUGAUUUUGAAAGACAAAUUGGAAAAAAACAGGAGAGAGAGUCAAAGUGAAAGAGAAGAAUUUGAAAAUGAAUUCAAGCAACAGUAUGAGCGGGAAAAAGUGUUGUUAACUGAAGAAAAUAAAAAACUGACAAGUGAACUUGAUAAGCUUACCACGUUGUAUGAGAACAUAAGUAUUCGCAACCAGCAGUUAGAAGAAGAGAUAAAAGAUCUAGCAGACAAGAAAGAAUCAGUUGCACAUUGGGAAGCCCAAAUUACAGAAAUAAUUCAGUGGGUCAGUGAUGAAAAGGAUGCACGAGGGUAUCUUCAGGCCUUAGCUUCUAAAAUGACUGAAGAAUUGGAAGCAUUAAGAAAUUCCAGCCUGGGCACACGAGCAACAGAUAUGCCCUGGAAGAUGCGUCGUUUCGCAAAGCUGGACAUGUCAGCGAGGCUUGAGUUGCAGUCAGCGCUGGAUGCUGAAAUAAGAGCCAAGCAGGCCAUCCAAGAAGAGCUUAAUAAAGUUAAAGCUUCCAACAUCGUAACCGAAUGUAAACUAAAAGAUUCAGAGAAGAAGAACUCGGAACUACAAUCAGAAAUCGAACAACUGCUGAAGAACACUGAAGAGCUUAGAUCUGAAAAGGGUAUAGAGCACCAAGACUCACAGCAUUCUUUCUUGGCAUUUUUGAAUACGCCUACCGAUGCUCUGGAUCAAUUUGAAGAUUCCUUUUCUUCUUCCUCAUCUUCACUGAUUGAUUUUUUGGAUGACAUCGCAGACUGCACUCCACUUCCUGUUCACACACCAACCUUAAGGAAAAAGGGAUGCUCUGGUUCAACUGGUUUUCCACCAAAGCGCAAGACUCAUCAGUUUUUUGUCAAAUCUUUUACUACUCCUACCAAGUGUCACCAGUGUACAUCUUUGAUGGUGGGUUUGAUAAGACAGGGAUGCGCCUGUGAAGCAUGCGGCUUCUCGUGCCAUAUAACUUGUGUAAACAAAGCUCCCACUGCUUGUCCAGUUCCUCCUGAACAGACAAAAGGCCCCCUGGGCAUAGACCCGCAGAAAGGAAUAGGAACCGCUUACGAAGGCCACGUUAGGAUCCCGAAGCCCGCAGGGGUGAAGAAGGGGUGGCAGCGAUCCUUGGCAGUCGUUUGCGACUUCAAGCUCUUUCUGUAUGACAUUGCUGAAGGCAGAGCGUCGCAGCCCAGCGUCGUGAUCAGUCAGGUGAUUGACAUGAGGGAUGAAGACUUUUCUGUGAGUUCAGUCCUGGCUUCUGAUGUCAUACAUGCAAGUCGGAAGGAUAUACCCUGUAUAUUCAGAGUCACAUCUUCGCAGCUCUCGGCGUCGAGCAGCAAGUGCUCCAUCCUGAUGCUGGCAGACAGUGAGAAUGAGAAGAGCAAGUGGGUAGGAGUGCUGAGUGAGCUGCACAAGAUCCUGAGGAAAAACAAGUUCAGAGACCGCUCAGUCUAUGUUCCCAAAGAGGCUUACGACAGUUCCCUGCCCCUCAUUAAGACCACCCAGGCAGCUGCCAUCAUAGAUCAUGAGAGGAUAGCUUUGGGGAAUGAAGAAGGACUGUUUGUGGUGCAUGUCACGAAAGAUGAAAUUAUUCGAGUUGGUGACAAUAAGAAGAUUCAUCAGAUUGAACUCAUCCCAAAUGACCAGCUUGUGGCUGUGAUCUCAGGACGAAAUCGUCAUGUGCGACUCUUUCCGAUGUCCGCUUUGGAUGGGCGAGAGACUGACUUUUAUAAGCUGGCAGAAACUAAAGGGUGUCAAACCAUAACUUCUGGAAAAGUGCACCAUGGAGCUCUGACCUGUUUGUGUGUGGCCAUGAAAAGGCAGGUCCUCUGUUACGAACUAUUUCAGAGCAAGACCCGUCACAGAAAAUUUAAGGAAAUUCAAGUCCCGUAUAAUGUCCAGUGGAUGGCAAUCUUCAGUGAGCAGCUCUGUGUGGGGUUCCAGUCAGGGUUUCUGAGGUACCCUCUGAGUGGAGAAGGAAGCCCGUACAGCAUGCUCCAUUCGAAUGACCACACCCUCUCGUUUAUCGCACAUCAGCCGAUGGACGCCAUCUGCGCCGUCGAGAUCUCCAGUAAAGAGUACCUGCUGUGUUUUAGCAGCAUCGGGGUCUACACUGACUGCCAGGGCCGGCGAUCCAGACAGCAGGAGCUGACGUGGCCAGCAAACCCUUCCUCCUGUUGCUAUAAUGCUCCGUACCUCUCCGUGUAUAGUGAGAAUGCAGUUGACAUCUUCGAUGUGAACUCCAUGGAAUGGAUUCAGACUCUUCCACUCAAGAAGGUCCGACCCUUAAACAGUGAAGGAUCAUUAAAUCUUUUAGGGCUGGAGACAAUUCGAUUAAUAUAUUUCAAAAACAAGAUGGCAGAAGGGGAUGAGCUGGUCGUUCCGGAGACAUCCGACAACAGUCGGAAGCAGAUGGUCCGAAACGUCACCAACAAGCGCCGGUACUCCUUCCGCGUCCCCGAGGAGGAGAGGAUGCAGCAGCGCAGAGAGAUGCUUCGAGAUCCAGAAAUGAGAAAUAAGUUAAUUUCUAACCCAACUAAUUUUAACCACAUAGCACACAUGGGUCCAGGAGAUGGAAUACAGAUCCUCAAAGACCUGCCCAUGCCGGCCUUCCCUUAUCCAUCCCCUCACCAUCACUCCGGUCUGAUCUCCUCUCCGAUCAACUUUGAGCACAUCUAUCACAUGACUGUUAAUUCUGCUGAAAAUUUUCUCUCUCCUGACCCCAUAAACCCUGAGUACUCCCCGACUCUUCGUUCUGCCCCCGGCACACCACGCUUUGUGACUCUCAGGAACCCACGGCCUCAGGAAAGCCGGGCAGUGUUCAGCGGCUCCGUCAGCAUCCCGUCCAUGACCAAGGCCCGGCCUGAGCCCGGCCGCUCCAUGAGCGCGAGCAGCGGCCUCUCCGCGCGGUCGUCGGCGCAGAACGGCAGCGCGCUCAAGCGGGAGCUCUCGGGGGGGAGCUACAGCGCCACGCGGCCGCCCCUGCCCUCCCCGUCGGAGGGCUCCUUGUCCUCGGGGGGCAUGGACCAGGGCAGCGACACGCCCGCGAGGGACGACGACGGAGAGGACUCCGACUCCCCGCGGCACUCCACGGCCUCCAACAGCUCCAACCUGAGCAGCCCGCCCAGCCCCGCGUCCCCCCGGAAGACCACGAGCCUGUCCCUGGAGAGCGCGGACCGCGGGGGCUGGGACCCCUGAGCGGAGGACGCAGCGCCCAGGCGCCCCUCGCCGCAUCUCUC